AUGUUCUCUUUCCCUAAUAAUUUCCCUUCAUCUUCUUCUUCUUCUUACCCUAAUAAUAAUAAUAAUACCCUUUCUUUUCUUAUAGACAGCAACCCUCAAAAUAAUGAUUUUCCAUCUCUUCUUGAUGAUCCACUUUCUUCUCUUCCUUUCACUACAUCAACAACACAUCAUGAUGUUGUUGUUCCAUUAUUCCAUGAUCAUGAAACAACAACUAUUGCUUCUAAUUUGGCUGUUUCUGAUUAUCACAACAACAACACUUCAAUGUUUGAGCCUCCAGAUUCUUCAAACCUUGGUGGUUUUCCUAAUUUUCUUGUGACGCAGAAACAACCGUCGGUGAUUGUUGGCAAAAAAGAUAGACACAGUAAGAUUCACACCUCACAGGGUUUGAGAGAUAGAAGGGUAAGAUUGUCAAGUGAAAUAGCUAGAAAGUUCUUUGAUCUUCAAGACAUGUUGGAGUUUGACAAACCAAGUAACACACUUGAGUGGCUUUUCAAUAAAUCUGAUACCGCAAUCAAAGAGCUAGCUAGAACUAAAAACGCGUGUUACAACAACAACGACAACAGCAACAACAACGGGUUUUUUGAUUCGAAUAGCAACAAAUCAAUCUCCGGCGGUGGAGCCGACGGUGGUUGUUCCAAAGGGAGAAAACUGAAAUGGACACAGAAAGAAGAAACCAAAAAAGAGUCAAGAGAAAGAGCUCGAGCUCGAGCAAGAGAAAGGACUUGUUACAAGAUGUGUAGCAGCGGAAGAAUGCAGGAAGAAAUUCGGUACUCUUCCGCUGCAGAUUCAACUGCAAAUGCUCAAAUGUUGCAACAAUUGAUCUCAUCAACAUCAUCUCCGGCCGAUAAUAGUACUGAAACCGAGGCUUAUGCGAGAUGGCGUCAUCUUCUUCAGCUUCAAACCUAUAACAAUCCUACCUACAGUCAAAAUCACCAUACCCUAAUGGAUAGUGAAAUACCUAGAGAUCAUGGCGGAUUUAAUUUGAUUGAAGAAUCUAUUAUGAUAAAAAGGAACUUGAUGUCGUCGUCUUCUUCGUCUUCAUCUCAUUAUCAACAUCAUCAACAAAACCUAAUUCCUAAUGUCCCUAAGGAAUUACCGAGUUUCAGCAACAAUAUUAAUGAUUACUCUUUAUUCCCUUAUUCUACUUCAAAUUGGGAGAAUAAUAAUGGAGGAAUGUCCAACUUUUGUGGAAUAGCCACCAUGAAUUUAUCUACAUGCUUCAUGAACCAGUGGUGA